ACCUCGUCUCCGUAUAAGCCAACCAAUUCAUCAAACCAAGAAUCUCUUCCCCGUAAAAUUUGUCAAUUUACGAUCGCCAAGCUGCCUAUCGCGUCCUAAACCUUCUACUCCAAUCCUAUUCCAGAUAGCUAUUUAACUAUAGGUACACAACAACAACACCAGCCUAAAAUGCCGCAAGCAAGCUCUCUUCCCGCCUGGGCCGAGCUUCAAGCUCACCGUGACUCCGUGGGCAAGAGCUUCGUGCUCAAAGAGGCCUUUGCUUCCGACCCUGAGCGCUUCUCCAAGUUCACACGCACCUUCAAGCUCCCAGAGUCCGUUGGCUCGACCGAGAUCCUCUUUGACUUCAGCAAGAACUUUCUCACAGAGGAGACGCUCGACCUCCUGACCAAGCUUGCCGAGCAAGCCGGAGUCGAGACGAAGCGUGAAUCCAUGUUCAAGGGCGAGAAGAUCAACUUCACCGAGGGCCGGGCUGUCUACCACGCUGCGCUGCGCAAUGUCGGAUCAGAGCCGUGGCCCAUGUCUGUCGAGGGUGUCGACGUUAUGGGUGCCAAGGGUGGUGUUAACGAUGUCCUCGAGCACAUGAAGGAGUUCUCAGAGCAGGUCCGAAGCGGCGAGUGGAAGGGUUACACAGGCAAGAAGCUCACCAACAUUGUCAACAUUGGCAUUGGUGGCUCUGAUCUCGGCCCUGUCAUGGUCACCGAGGCCCUCAAGCACUACGGUGCCAAAGACAUGACGCUGCACUUCGUCUCCAACAUCGAUGGCACUCACAUGGCCGAGGCACUUGCCGCUUCCGAUCCCGAGACGACAUUGUUCCUCGUUGCUUCCAAAACUUUCACCACCGCCGAAACAACGACCAACGCCAACACUGCCAAGUCGUGGUUCCUCGAGAAGACGGGCAACAAGGGCGAUAUUGCCAAGCACUUUGUGGCUCUGUCAACAAACGAGGGUGAGGUCACCAAGUUUGGCAUCGAUGCCAAGAACAUGUUUGGCUUUGAGAGCUGGGUGGGUGGUCGCUACUCAGUCUGGAGUGCCAUUGGCCUCAGCGUUGCGCUCUAUAUUGGCUACGACAACUUCCACAAGUUCUUGGUGGGUGCGCACGCCAUGGACAAGCACUUCCGUGAGGCACCACUAAGGGAGAACAUCCCUGCUAUCGCAGGUCUGCUGAGUGUGUGGUACUCUGACUUUUACAAUGCUCAGACGCAUCUGGUCGCACCAUUCGACCAGUACCUUCACCGCUUCCCUGCAUACCUUCAGCAGUUGUCGAUGGAGUCCAACGGCAAGAGCAUCACCUCCGAUGGGACCCCGGCUAAAUACACAACCGGCCCUAUCCUCUUCGGCGAGCCAUGCACAAACGCACAGCACUCAUUCUUCCAGCUCGUGCAUCAGGGCACCAAGUUGAUCCCUACAGACUUCAUCCUGGCGGCCAAGUCGCACAACCCCAUUUCAGACAACCUUCACCAGAAGAUGCUGGCUUCCAACUAUCUCGCCCAAGCUGAGGCGCUCAUGGUUGGCAAGACGGCCGAACAAGUCCGUGCUGACGACAGCAGCGUCCCGGACAACCUUGUGCCGCACAAGGUGUUCCUUGGAAACCGGCCAACGACUUCGAUCCUUGUCGGUGGUCACAUUGGGCCCGCUGAGUUGGGCGCCCUCAUCGUUUAUUACGAGCACCUGACAUUCACCGAGGGUGCUGUCUGGGAUAUCAACUCGUUCGACCAGUGGGGUGUGGAGCUCGGCAAGGUUCUGGCCAAGAAGAUUCUCCAGGAGUUGAACGAGGCGGGCAACGGACAGGGCCACGAUUCAUCGACCGGUGGACUGAUUGGUGCCUUUAAAAAGUACAGCAGCUUGUAGGAGUUGAACGUGGAGCUGCAGGGCCAGCUUUGGUGCCGUUCAAGAAGUAAUUACUGUUGUUCCAAAUGGUGAUCUGCCCCGUAAGUGUGGAUCGUGUAGUUUUCCAGACAGCAUCACAAUAUGAGAAUAACUUAACAAGCAGCACGGUUUCUAUCAUACUUUCCAAAUCUACUGUUGUUCAGUUUGUAGCAAGGCUUGCAUAGACGGUAUCGACAGGGGCUGGGCCCAUUUGCUUUCAUCCCACAGUUUUCUUUUUUUUUUUUUUUUCACU